AUGGACGUACUCAGCAAAAGUGACCCUCAGAUAGUCCUGUACAUGAAGAAUCAUGAGGAUAUCUGGAAAGAGACGGGACGGACUGAUAAAGUUUCCAACGACUGUAACCCCGUGUUUGCGCAGCCUAUUCAGAUUUCUUACAAAUUUGAAGAGAGACAAGACAUCAGGAUCAGAGUGUUUGACUUGGACGACCCUGGUCAGAGUAUAGGUAUGGCAGACUUCUUGGGGGAGCUGGAAAUACCAGUCGGCCAGAUUGUAGCUGUCAGAUCACUAACAAAGCCCCUGGAUCACCCGAGAUUUCAAGAAUGUGGCACAAUCACCAUUACCGCUACCGAAUUCUCCUGCUAUGAUCACGACGAUGACGGUUCUCAUGACUUCAUUGGUUACUUCAUAACAACACUAGCUCAACUACGAGACCGAGCUAAUGCUUCAACCACCGUCUUCGAUCUUAUCAACCCUAAGAAAUUAAAAACGAAGAAAGAUUACAGUAACUCAGGUCAAGUAAAGAUGGCAGAGUGCAGGGUGGAGAAGACUUAUUCUUUCCUUGAUUACAUCAUGGGUGGACUGCAACUCAACUGCACUGUAGCAAUAGAUUUCACAGGCAGUAACGGGGACCCCCAAACUCCCCGGUCUCUACACUACAUAGGAGCCCCUGAGGGUAACCAUUAUCAGCAGACCUGGCAGGCUAUUGGUCAGAUCAUUCAGGAUUACGACGCGGACAAGUUGUUCCCAGCAUUCGGCUUUGGAGCAGCACUUCCGCCUCACGGUCAAGUAUCGUUCGAGUUCGCUCUCAAUGGAAAUGCUGAUAAUCCACUGUGCGCUGGAGUGCCAGGAGUGAUGGAAUCAUACAAAUCAUCUCUUCUGACUGUGGGACUAUCAGGACCCACCAACUGUGCACCAAUGAUGCGGAAUGUUUCCAGACUUGCUAUCAUUGCCGCUCAGUCACGGACUGCUCAGCACUAUUACGUACUCCUGAUUUUAACUGACGGCCAGUUUACUGACAUAUACGACUGUAUCGGAGCGAUUGUGGAAGCAUCCGAUUAUCCGAUGAGUAUCAUUAUAAUUGGAGUAGGGAAUGCUAACUUCGAGGAUAUGGAAAGGCUUGAUGCGGACAAGAAGGCCCUUCAGUUCAACGGGAGGAAAGCGUCCAGAGAUAUUGUCCAGUUUGUUCCCUUCAAAAAAUACGCCGGAAACUCGGGAGCGUUGCCGGGAGCAGUGUUAGCAGAGCUACCCAGACAAGUGGAGGAGUAUUAUAGGAAGAGACGGAUAACACCCCUCUCCAAACUUGAUGAAGAGAGCGAGGAAGAAGACUCGUGUCCGAGUGAUAGUGAGUCUGAGUACUCCUACUGAAUGUGAACUGUUUUAGUGUUUUAGUGUUUUAGUGUUGCAAUGUUGUAGUGUUGCAAUGUUGUAGUGUUGCAAUGUUGUAGUGUUGCAAUGUUGUAGUGUUGCAAUGUUGUAGUGUUGCAAUGUUGUAGUGUUGCAAUGUUGUAGUGUUGCAAUGUUGUAGUGUUGCAAUGUUGUAGUGUUGCAAUGUUGUAGUGUUGCAAUGUUGUAGUGUUGCAAUGUUGUAGUGUUGCAAUGUUGUAGUGUUGCAAUGUUGUAUAGUGUUGCAAGUUUUAGUGUUGCAAUGUUGUAGCAUUGCAAUGUUGUAGUGUUGCAAUGUUGUAGUGUUGUAAUGUUUUAGACUGAUUUUAUGAUAACUGGAGAGUGAAGCUGUUUGAAUUACCUUUUCUCAAUCUCAACUCUAACUGGACAUGCCGCCAUAUCAAUGAGCACUGAGCUGUAGGCACCGGUAGCAAUCCCAACUUUCCAUUAUGCCAUUUUAACAGGUAGUUGUUAUUACUCAUUCUCUAAGUGUAUGCAUUAUUUUAACCUUGAGACAAGUUAGGUUUCUUUCUGAUAACUUAUAUCGGUUGUCAAGCAAUUAUUAUUUGUUCUUUUUAGGUCAUUUUAGUUUAUUUCAGUUUUUUUUUGACUUAUUUGUUUCUUUUGUUUUAGAUUAUAUGUCAUCUGUAAAUGUAUUAUCAUUAACAAUUAGAAUUUGUUUUGUUAAUUUUCUGAUGUAUAUUUGUGUAGUUAUUAGCUGAAUAUUGACUUAAUUAUUUAAAUGUUAAACUUAUGUACUCAGGAUCUUAACGUUUCAGUUUUAACGAUUUAUUUUAUUUAAAAUGUUAUUUGUUUAUUUGAGAUGUUAUUUAUUCUUUGCAUGGUAUUUUUAAUUGAGGGAGAUUACAUAUUUGUUACCCGCCAGAUAUUGUUUUGAAGUUUCAGGUUCUUUUCAGUUUGAGCUCUUUUAAAAUAAGUUAUCAGAUGUUUUCUUCAUGUAUUUAUUUUUGUCAGAAUAGCUUAUUAUGCAGUUUUAAACUUUACUUUUACCGAAUUC